AUGGAUAUGUCCAGUGGGUGUGUAAGAAAACAGCCAUUGGAUUGGCAGAACAGCACGAAUGGGUUUUUGAAGAUUGUCCGAGCUCGGCUGCCAGACACAUGGAACUCAUUCGUGGAUCAUAGUUUUGGGUUGGAGGAGUGUAGGGCUAAGUGUUUGAUGAAUUGCUUGUGUACUAGAUACGCGAACGCUGACAUGCGCACAGGUUCAUCUGGAAGGAAAUCCCAUAGAAAAGGAACAGUGGCCAUCAUCACGCCACAAACAAUUUUGCACCUGAGAAACAAACUUGGGCAAGGAGGAUUUGGACCCGUCUACAAGGGUAAGCUAGAAGGAGGACUUGAGAUUGCUGUGAAGAGACUGUCCAGGAAUUCACUUCAGGGGAUUGAUGAGUUUAAGAAUGAAGCUUUGUUGAUCACAAAGCUUCAACACAGAAAUCUUGUUAGACUUCUUGGUUGCUGCAUGGACAUGGAUGAAAGAAUGUUGAUAUAUGAGUACAUGCCUAACAAAAGCUUGGAUUCCUUAUUGUUUGGCAGAGAAAAAACCAUCAAUAUAGAUUGGCAAACACGUUACCAGAUCAUUCUAGGAGUUGCAAGAGGACUCUUAUACCUUCAUCAAAAGUCAAGGGUUACAAUAAUACACAGAGAUCUCAAAGCUGGGAACGUUCUGCUUGAUGAGACAAUGAACCCUAAAAUUUCAGAUUUUGGCAUGGCAAGAACAUUCUGCGGAGAUGACACCACAACCAAAACAAGAAAAGUUGAUGGCACAUAUGGAUACAUGGCCCCUGAAUACGCAAUGGAUGGAAUUUUCUCAGUGAAGUCAGAUGUGUUCAGCUUUGGUGUUAUGGUCUUAGAGAUUGUUAGUGGCCAAAAGAUCAGGGGGGUUUAUCUCUCAAAUCCAAAAUUCUAUCUUCCAGAAAAAGGCAAGAAUGAUUUCUACAUCAACAUUAAUUCCUAUUCAAUUGCAACUAUUUCACUGAUCAGUAACUUUUUUUUCAGACCUGGCGUCUCUGAAAUGAAAACAAUAUCUCAGAAGCAAUUGAUCCAUUAUUGAGUAAUUCCUCUUAUUCACUGGAUCAAGUCAUGAGAUGCAUACAAACUGGGGCUUCUGUGUGUGCAGUCAAAUCCAAAAGACAGGCCAACAAUGUCAUCUGUGGUUUUCAUGCUAUCCACUGAGAAUGCCCAUUUACCAAAACCUAAACGACCUAAUUUUGCAGCGAAGAGAAAUUCUUAUGCAUGUGCAUCGUCAAGCAAUGCAUGUGAUACCAUUACAGUGCUUGUAGGUAGAUAAACAAGUGCUUCUUCUUAAAGGCAUAUGAUACCAAGCUUACACUAUGCCAAGAGACAUGUCGCAAAAUUAUUUUCCUUUUGGAAUUGUCAUACAUAUUAAUCAUUAAGUUGUCUGGGAUGAUUUAGUCUCCCUUUAGAACAAUAUCAGAUGGAAAAACAUAAUAUUGGUAAUUGCAGUAACUACUACUGUUUAAA